GAACACCAGAGGGCGACACAGGACUAUAACCAGCUGAACUCAUCCAUCAUCCCAGAACCAGGUCCAGAACGGUUCUGAUGGGUCAGAACCAGCAGGUCACCCUGGUUGGCAGCAGCAUCAUCAUACUGAGGGGUGAUCUGAUGAAGGAACGUCUCUCAGCUAACAGCGCCAACUUCUCCAUGUGUUCAGCAGGAUGAUACACGAGCAGAACCACCCGGACCGGAACAUCAGGUAUUAGAACCUCGUGCUGAAAGCCGCCGCCUUUUAUACCACAAUAAAUAAAAACGGAAUAAUAAAUUUCAGCCGCAGCUGCUGGCUCUGCCGGCAGAGGGCGCGCUGAUCAGCAGCAUCGAUCCGCGAUCGAUACUUCCCUGGGUUUCUGUAGCCUUCCUCUUGGGGAGGAAGAAGAGGCGUGUUCGGAAUCCUGACCCAUUUAGGCCCAGAAGGUCCUGCGGCUGCUGUGGGUUCGGAACACCGAACUGGGUCAUUCCUCCGGUCAGUAAAAGCUGGAGCGGCGGUCCGGGCGGAUCGAGAGGGAGCGGCUCCGGAAGGAAGGAAGGGAGGGUUCGGGUAUCUGGUUCGGUUCGGGACCCAAACUGGACGCGGGAAAAGGAGUCUGGAAACGGAGAGGAGGAACUGAUUCCCACCGCAGCGGCAGAAAUGUUACCGCUGAUCCUGACGGUUUACCUCAACGACACCCAGCAGAUGCUAACCGAGGUCCCUGUUACCACGGCAACCCGAGUGACAGACGUGGUGGAAUUCUGCAAGGAGGCAGGCGAGUCCGAGUGCCACCUCGCCGAGGUCUGGAAUGGACACGAGCGUCCGCUCCCUCAGGAGCUGCUGCUGCUGGAUCUGCUGAACGCCUGGGGGGCCCAGAGGCCCGAGGUCCGCUACUACCUCAGACACCGCCCCCUGUGGCCACCAGGAAGCCCGCCGGCCUCGGAUCAGAACCGGACCUCAGAGAGCGAUGAGGUCCCGCAGGUGGAGCUGACCCUUUCUGAGCUCCAGGAAAUGGCCACCAGGCAGCAGCAGCAGAUCGAGGCGCAGCAGCAGAUGCUGAUGGCAAAGGAGCAACGGCUGCGGUUCCUUCAGCAGGGCAGCAGAACCAACACAGGACACUCACAGGCGGAGGCGGAGCAGCUGCAGCGCCUCAAGGAGCGGGUGGAGAGCCAGGAGGCGAAGCUGAAGAAGAUCCGCGCCAUGAGAGGCCAGGUGGAUUACAGCAGGCUGAUCAACGGGAACCUCACCGCAGAGAUCCACCAUGUGAGCAGCUUGUUCCAAGAGAAGCAGGACGAGCUGCAGGCCGCCGUCAGCAGGGUGGAGCAGCUGACCCAGCAGUUGGAGGACCUGAGGAGGGGCCGGCUCCAGCUGCAGAGCGACGCCCAGAGGCUGGCGGACACCUCUGGGUCCCCAGUGGGACCCGGCGCCCAGAAGGGCUCCUUGUUAUCCGGCUCUGCUGGCGUGGAGCUGAGGAAGCUCUACCAGGAGCUGCAGGCCCGGAAUCGUCAGAACCUGGAGCAGAGCGGCAGGCUGGCCCAGAACCAGGAGCUGCUGUCCAAGCGGACGGGUCAGGUGGCGGCCAUGGACCGCCGGAUCGGAGAGCUGAGGGACCGUCUCCACAGGAAGAAAGCAGAGUCAGCGACGCUCCGUGGCCCAACAUCAGCCAGACUGGACCCGACUGGAGGACCUGCAGUCCAGAAUCGCUGCGACCAUCCGGCUACGGGACGUACCCCAGCGCCGCCCAUCAGGCCACCGCCCAUCACUGCAGCUCCCUGCCGCGCUCGGCGCCCGGGACGCUGGGCUGGCCCCGCCCCCCCCGCCGCCGCCGCCGGCUCCUCCUCGUCUUCAUCGCCGCAGCACGUCCCCAACCAGAACCCAGGUUCUGUGCUGUCCUCCCCGCUGUCCCUCCAGUCGGAGCGGACCGACCCCCCUCCUGCGGUGGCGGUGCGUCCCUACGUCCCGGAGCAGCCGUCCAGGCCGCAGUCCCCCAGGAAGGGCCCCGCCACCAUGAACAGCAGCUCCAUCUACAGCAUGUACCUGCAUCAGCCUCAGGCCAAGAACCCGGGCCCUCUUGGGAACCGGGCCGCCGUCAGGGCAGUCUACGGGAAGCCCGUGGUCCCGUCCCCGUCCCCCGUCCCGCAGGACGAAGCCAGAGACGGCACGGUCCUUCCUCCGCCCGGCAUGGACGGCUUCCCUCGUCCCCUCAGUCCCACCAAGCUGACGCCGGUUGGUGGGUUCCCCACUCACACAGGACCUAAUGGUUGCCAUGGUGAUAGGCCCGCCCACUCGCAGCUGCGGUACCAGAACGACGCCGACCUGGAGGUUCUGCGACGCCGUCUCAGCAACGCUCCACGGCCCCUGAAGAAGCGGAGCUCCAUCACCGAACCUGAGGGCCCCCAAGGGCCCAACAUCCAGAAGCUGCUGUAUCAGCGGUUCAACACGCUGGCUGGAGGCAUGGAGGGCGGUUCUGCGAACCCUUUCUACCAGCCGGACGGGCUCCUUGGAGACGUGGACGGCGUCCAUUCAGCCAACGGGAGCAUGGACCAGGGAGACAAGGUCGCGCCCAGAGAGGUCAAAGGUCAGGACCUGAGCUCAGAGUCCUGCCGUUCCUCUCCAUCCUCUGUUACUUUGGAAACACCCAAAGAGACAGAAAGCACCACCAACCUGCCUCCCUCAACACAACCUGGCUCGCCUCCAGAACCAGAGAGGUCCGAGGUCCAGAACCAGAACCAGGGAGGUGCUGGCUCCGCCCACGGCUCACCUCCAGCACCCGCUGCUCUCCCUUCAGGACCAAAGGCGAAGCGGACCAACCUGAAGAAGCCGUCGUCGGAGAGAACGGGUCACGGCCUGAGGGUCAAGUUCAACCCCCUGGCUCUGCUGCUGGACGCCUCGCUGGAGGGAGAGUUCGACCUGGUCCAGAGGGUCAUCUACGAGGUGGAGAACCCCAGCAUGCCCAACGACGAAGGCAUCACUCCUCUUCACAACGCCGUGUGUGCCGGUCAUCACCACAUCGUCAAGUUUCUGUUGGACUUUGGAGUGAACGUGAACGCGGCUGACAGCGACGGAUGGACUCCGCUGCACUGCGCCGCUUCCUGCAACAGCGUCCACCUCUGUAAGAUGCUGGUGGAGUCAGGCGCCGCCAUCUUUGCCACCACCAUCAGCGACGUGGAGACGGCGGCCGACAAGUGUGAGGAGAUGGAGGAGGGCUACAGCCAGUGCUCCCAGUUCCUCUAUGGCGUCCAGGAGAAGCUGGGCGUCAUGAACAAGGGGGCGGCGUACGCGCUGUGGGACUACGUCGCGCGGCGGGACGACGAGCUGUCCUUCGGCGAGGGUGACGCCAUCACCGUGCUGCGUCGCCAUGACGACACCGAGACGGACUGGUGGUGGGCCAGGCUGGACGACCGCGAGGGAUAUGUGGCGAGGAACCUGCUGGGGCUGUACCCACGGAUCAAACCCAGACAGAGGUCGCUGGCCUGAAGCCCGGCUCCAUGAGGAAGAGGAGGGGUGUAGGGUUGGUUCUGAGAGGAAGCAGCAAAGCACAUGUUGACCUUCAGCAGCUGAAGGACGGAAACAUCUGCCCGCUAAUGGCUCUUCCUCUCGGACGGCUCUUGACCUCUGAGGUCCUGGUGGGUCAGAGGAAGCGAUGAAGGGCAGAGGAAGAUGACCCAGUGUGUGUCAGGUCGGUUGGCCUCUGACCUUUGGGCUGCAGAUGGAUCAGAAUCAGAGGAAGGAAACAGGAAGUGAAGACGACAAUUUAAUGAAGCGGUCCUUGUCUCCAAAGUUCCCCUGAACUCCAACUGUUCAUAAGAGGUUCCGGGUCACAUUCAGACUGGGUCAGAACAUUGGGUCCGAGUCGUUCUGGGCUUUAGAAUAUUCUCUGCUGCUUGUUUUCAUGCUUUAUUCUCCUUAAUGUUGCUUUAUUUAGCCAAGCUUUGCUUUUCUCAUUAGAAUCAGUGCAGUCACUGUGGAGACUCUGCUGCCAUCUAGUGGACAGUUUUAUGUGUGUGUUGGAUCAGCGGCUCCACCUGCUGGACUGGAUGUGCCUGAAUUUUAUGUCCACGUUAAUAUUUUUAUUUCACAAGCAUUUUGUUUCCAGACGCUGCUUUAUGACCAGUUGAGCUGCAUUAUUAAAGUCAAAUGAAAGAUUAAUAAUUGUGUUUAAA